GGCAUACAGCGCGGCGUUAACAUCACUUGUGUCGGUCUUAAAGGGAAGAUAAACAGAUUAAUUUUAUUUGUGUUAUGAGGGACCAAGAAAGAGGUAUCAACAUCCGUCCAGUCAUUUUUAGGAAAGAGGCCUGAAUUAUUGUCAUUUUAUUAUCGGAUCUGGAUCAGUGUUCAUGGGCUGAUGCGGCCAUGCCAAGUCUCAUUCUCAGCGAUACAAACCGGCUCCACCUGAAGAAUAUCUAGAGUAAAAGAUAAAACUGAAAAAGUAUAACUGACUUAGUUCGUCAGCGCGCAUAUGAGCUCUGGAUAUGAACUGAUUUAAGCUGAAUGUGUGUUCAGUAUAGGCUAAUGUGAUUUUCGCGUUUCCUGGAUAUUUCCCUGUCGCUAUCACAUAGGCAGCUGUAAUACUAUAACUAAUUACCUAUUUUGGUUUUAUAGAGCAUUUAAAAAGCAUAUUUGAUGGUUAAAGUGCGCGCAUUCCCACCUACAAGCCGGAGGAGAAGAAAUCAGCUGACCACUAAUAAAUUCAUUACCUCAAGAAGAUAUAUCCUGUAGUUUAUCUUUUAACGCAUAAACCUAAGGCUCCUUUGGGACACACAUAUUUGCUAUUGUGGAAAAGGAGUCUUGGAGAUGUCAGGCCGGCCAAGGACCACCUCAUUUGCGGAGAGCUGCAAGCCAGUGCCGCAGCCAUCAGCCUUUGGCAACAUGAAAGUCAGCAGAGAUAAAGAUGGCAGUAAAGUUACAACAGUUGCCGCGACCCCCGGUCAGGGUCCCGACCGACCUCAGGAGGUCAGCUACACGGACACAAAGGUCAUCGGGAAUGGGUCGUUUGGAGUUGUAUAUCAGGCGAAACUCUGUGACACUGGUGAGCUUGUGGCCAUAAAGAAGGUUCUACAGGAUAAAAGGUUUAAGAAUCGUGAGCUACAGAUCAUGAGGAAAUUAGACCACUGUAACAUUGUACGUCUGCGAUACUUCUUCUACUCCAGCGGAGACAAAAAGGAUGAGGUUUAUCUGAACCUGGUCAUGGAUUACGUGCCUGAGAACGUGUACAGAGUGGCCAGACACUACAGCAGAGCCAAGCAGAAUCUGCCCAUGGUCUAUGUGAAGCUGUAUAUGUACCAGUUGUUUCGUAGCUUGGCGUACAUCCACUCAUACGGGAUCUGUCAUCGAGACAUCAAGCCUCAAAAUCUUCUGCUCGAUCCAGAGACAGCUGUACUCAAGCUUUGUGACUUCGGAAGUGCCAAGCAGCUGGUCCGUGGUGAGCCUAAUGUUUCUUACAUCUGCUCGCGGUACUACAGAGCCCCAGAGCUCAUCUUUGGGGCCACAGACUACACAUCCAGCAUUGACAUUUGGUCAGCUGGCUGUGUACUGGCAGAGCUGCUGUUAGGGCAGCCUAUUUUUCCUGGUGACAGUGGUGUGGAUCAGCUAGUUGAAAUCAUUAAGGUGCUGGGCACUCCUACACGAGAACAGAUCCGGGAGAUGAACCCAAAUUACACAGAGUUCAAGUUUCCACAGAUUAAGGCACAUCCAUGGACUAAGGUUUUCCGGCCCCGCACCCCUCCGGAGGCGAUAGCUUUGUGUUCCCGGUUGUUGGAGUACACACCCACGGCCCGUCUCACUCCUCUCGAGGCCUGUGCUCACACUUUCUUCGAUGAGAUCCGAGAGCCCACCCUCAAGCUCCCAAACGGAAGAGAGAGGCCUGUGCUGUUUAAUUUCACUACACAGGAGUUGUCUGGUAACCCCUCGCUGGCCUCCGUACUCAUCCCUGCACAUGCUCAUAACCAGGCGGAAAACAACACUCAGUCCGCCUCGGCUGUAACAGGUGCCAACAGUGGCGAUCGUGGUCCACACACCAAUGCAGCCUCUGCCGGCUUGAAUCCUUCAACUUGAACCCCAUUCUACUGACAACAGUCCAAUUACACGCUGCUGCUUAUUAACUACGCCCACUCCCCGGAGUCAGGGGCGUGGCUAAAAUGAAACCUAAAGCUCAUGAUAUGAUGGAUGCAUCCACCAAACCUUCCCCCAGCCUUGUCUCGUUGUCUGUUUUUAUUCUUAUUUUUAUUUAUUAGCUUUAAAUGACUGUAUACGAGGGCUCAAAAGCAUCGCUCAGGACUGUCUGCGAUGACAUUUGAUAAUUCUAUAUACUACAUAUACCCUUAUAUAAACAGUUACACCUACAAUAUGUUUUCACAUGUCAACUUUGAAAUUUUUUAAGGAAAUCUGUACAUUGUAGCCACUGCUUCUUUUCUAACCAUACCAACAGAAGAGUUGGCCCCUACCGUUUUGGCCCCUGCCUGGCGACAAAUGCCCAUCAGUACCUGGUAUACAGGCACAAAAGUUGGCCAGUGUCCAGGUGAACUGAGUAGGAAGUGUGAGAUACAGGAAAGCUGGUCUCUGAUUGGCUGGUUCAGUCGCAUGGACAGAUUUCCAAGGCUUGUGUACAUUCUGUAGGCUGUAUGUGAAAUAUAUGCUAAUGACAUUUGCCUUUUCCCUCAGUAUUGGGUGGAUAUGUUGAAUGCUUAAACCUGUAUGCUGCUGUGUACCACUUGAUUUUAGACAGCUUUUGACAGUGAUAUGCUCGCUCCAUUUCAUCUCCUCCAUCUGCUCGUCUUCCUCCUUCCUGUGAAAUAGUCACUCUGUACUUCGCCAAACUCUACAAAUUUACUGUUUCUCAACACGCAAAGUCGUAAAUAAUUUUUUUGUGCGAGUGUGUGUGUGAGCAUGCUGACAGUGAUCUCUUUAUAAGUACUGUAUGCUGACUUUUUAACCGUUUGCUAAACGAAAAUGCAACAAAAAAGAGCACGAACAAAGAAACUGAUAAUAAGGUUCUUAAAGGAAUAGUUCACCCAAAACUGAAAAUCAUUUACUCACCAUCAUGUCAUUCCAAACCCGUAUGACUUUCUUCCGUGGAAAACUAAAAGGAGAAAUCGGCUGACCGAAAAUUCCAGCCGAAAGGAAGACGUCAUUAUUUAGCACCAUCUGAAUUCUCGAAAUUACCUCCUUUGUAUUAUUCAUGUUGACAUUUAGUGGGAACGAGUGACUGAAAAUACUAUGACACUUGAAUCAUUUGAACUGUCAGGAAAUUAACAUUACAAGGACACUAAAAAAGAUAUGAAGACUUUCUUUAGGGUACUUCUGUGACCUUAUUCAUGCUAGCGCCAUCUUUGAUUUUUUAAUGGGAACGACAACGACGCUGUGAGGGAUAGACUACAGUCUACUUACAGUCUCUUCAGUGGGCUGUACUGCAGUUUAAAGUGUUUUUGGAUUGUUCCACGGACAAAACAUUGAUAAAAUAUCUGUCCAAGAACAUUCAGUAUACAAAGAACUCCAGACAACAUGAGUUGUAGAAAAUCAGAUGUGAUCUAAGAGCUUUAUACAGCUUUACAACAUUUGUGCCAUUGUAGAGACUGUAAGUCUAUCCCUUACAGCCUCAUUGUCAUUCCCAUUAUAAAUUAAAGAUGGUGUCAGCAUGAAUAAUGUCUAUUUCUUGUUGUUUUUCUUGAUCAAGUCAGCUUUAGCGUCCCCUAGUGUUAGUGUAGGUGUACAACUGAGGUUGAUGUGACCACUGUUUGUAGUUUUGUCUAAUUACAGUUCUGAAUCUGCUUUUAUGCCUCCCUAAAGUGCUGUUGAAAAAAUAUUUCCCACCUCAUCUGUUUCCAUUUUUACGCUUUGCUGAACAACAAUUUGUAUUGUUUGUCUUCUGAGCCCUUCAAAUUGAUUUUGGUAAGACAUUUAUCGAUAAGCUUCUACACGUUAACAUUAGUUCUUCACCCAAAAAUGAAAAUGUUGUCAUUAUUUACUCCCCCUCAUGUUGUUCCAAACCCAUAUGACCAAACCCAACUUUCUUCUGUGGAACACAAAAGGAGAUGUUAGGCAGAAUGUUAGCCUCCGUCACCAUUCAUUCUAUGGAGAAAAUAUAUAGUAGUAAAUUGUGGUGGAUGUAGGGUGAACGAUCCCUACAAUAGGUAUCAUAAAGUGGAUGAUGAAUAAUCUUUUUUUAUUGAUUUUUAUUGAUUUUGGUUCAUGUAAAAAAAAAAAAAAAUUAUUCUAUUGUUUGUUGUUAGUUCAUGUUUGUUCAUAAUGCAAUUUUUGGUUGAAAAGGUCUAAAUUAACAUUAACGAAGAUCAGUAAAUGUUUUAAAAGUAUUGUUCAUUGUUGGUUUAUGUUAAAAAAUUGCAUUAAAUAAUUUUACUUUGCAACGUUAAUUUAAAGUGUUACCCUGAUUUAUUUUUUAUUUUAUUUUUAUUUUAUUUUUUUGUAACUAAACCAGCUGUUAGAAUACUGGGUAGCACUUUAUAAGGUUCCAUUUGUUAACAUUAGUAAAUGCAUUAGGUAUCAUGAAAUUACAAUGAACAAUAUAUUUUUUUACAGUAUUAUUAAUCUGUGUUCAUGUUAGUUAAUAAAAUUACACAUUGCAGUAGUUUAGAAUGCAUUAAUGUUAACAUAUACACUACCAGUCAAAAGGUUUGAAACACACUCAUUCUUUAUUAUAAUUUUAGAAUAAUAGUAAAGUCAUCAAAUCUAUGGAAUAACAUAAAUGGAACUAUGGGAAUUAUGUUGUGACUAAACAAAAUCCAAAAUAAAUCAAAACUGUGUUAUAUUUUAGCAUCUUCAAAGUAGUCACCCUUUGCCUAGAAUUUGCAGACAUGUACUCUUGACAUUUUCUCAACCAACUUCUUGAGAUAUCACCCUGGGAUGCUUUUUAAACAGUAUUGAAGGAGUUCCCAUCUAUGUUGGGCACUUAUUGGCUGCUUUUCUUUAUUAUUUGGUCCAAGUCAUCAAUUUCAAAAACUUUUUUUUUUUUUUUUUAAUAAAAUUUUAGAUUCAUAAUUAAAUAAAUGAAUAUGGUGGCACAAUUAUAUUUUUGUCUACAAAACUAAUGUCAAACAUUUAAGCAUACGCCUUCAAAUCAAAAGAUUUUUAAGAUCAUGAGAAACAGUCAAGUGUUUCAAAACUUUUGACCGGUAGUGUAUAUUUUAAAAAUGUAUUAGUAUAUGUUGAAAUUAACAUGAACCAAGAUUACUAAAUGCUGUUGAAGUAUUGUUCAUUGUUAGUUCAUGUUAACUAAUGUUGUUAACUAAUGUUAACAUGUGGAAAGUGUUACUGAAAAUUGGGUAACACUUUGCAAUAAGGUUUUAUUUGUUAACAUUAGUUAACAGCAUUACUUAACGUGAACUAACAAUGAACAAUUCUUUUACAGCUUGGUUUAUGUUAAUUUCAACCUAUAAUAAUACAUAUUUAAUAUUAAAAGUUGUUUAAGUUAACAUUAGGUAAUACAUUAUGUACUAAUUACAUUCUGAAAUGAACCUUAACCAAUAUUAAGAAUAUAUAUAUAUAUAUUGUAAAGUGUUACUGAAAAUGGUAAUGGUCCAACAUUUAUAUAUUGUAUGAAUAUUGAAAAAGAAUAUGACAUUAUAUGAAGGUACUCGAUCACAAGGGUAGUAAGUUGUAUUAAAAUAAUCAUGUUUCAUUUUUAAUGUAUGCUUGGCAAAGGGAAAGAUGUCUAGUGUUCAGCUUGAAUUUUAGCUGCUCUAAUUCAGUGCUCACUGUGACAGCAGGGUUUUUAUUUUAUUUUUUUUAAUGUGUUUUUGGCAUUGUUUUUCUUUAUAUAUAUAUAUAUAUAUAUAUAUAUAUAUAUAUAUAUAUAUAUAUAUAUAUAUAUAUAUACUUUAAACUUUAAAAAAUGUGACUUUUCCAAAGGACUUUGUCGGAUGUCCGACAAAUAUCUUUGUUUUAGGGAUGUAUAUAUUUUUCUUCUUUUUUAUUGGGAAUAUUAAUGUCAUGAGUCAACAGUAUUAGCUACUUAUUGGCUAUGAUGUGUUUUUUAGGGGGGCUAGGGUCUUUGUAGCUGUAGAAUACUUUCAGCAGCACUUAAAGGGAGUUAUUUCAUGUAGCACUAAAAACUUUUUUAAACUUAAAGUACUGUAUAUGUUUUUAAAGUAUGCAUCCUUGCAUACCCUGUAAUGUUAGCAGCCGUAUUGCUUCACUGUUUUCUAAGCAUGUUAACUCAUAUUUUAGAUGAAUAUGAGAUACAGUACAUGAAAUGAAAAGGAAAAUAAAGUUAUAUAAACACAUCAGUACAAACUAUAUGAUUCAGAGCUGUUGUUAGCCAUAAGAGUCAACGCAACAGCAAAACAAACACCUGAAACAUUACUAUUACUUAAAUGUCUUUGACAGUAAUUUACCUGUUUUCAUAAAUACCGUUUUUGUUCAUGUUUUAUUUUUCACCCAUGAAGGUAUGCUAAGCGUCUCUUCUUGUACAUACCCGAUGUGCAUUCUGUCCUUUGUGUGUUCUGGUUCAGAGAAGUCACCUGAUACUGCAUUGAAUAAAGAGUAGUUUAACAUUCU